UUAUUCUGUCUGCAGAGGUGGAAGGCUGACUAAAAAUUGUGAAAAUGUCAUCCUUGUUCAGAUUAAUGUCGUUGUGCCUAAAAGUGUUUGAUAAUUGUUUAACUUGAAAUAAUGGUGUUGUAUAUGUGUGUUAUUUUUACUUAUCGAUAGUGUUCUGUGAUAAUUGUACAAUUAAAAAUGAUCGAAAUGGAGCAAGAAGCUGUCUACGGGACACAUGAAGAUUCUCAUGUUGUCAUGUCCGAGAAAGUGCAAUCCCUUGCUGGUAGUAUUUAUCAGGAAUUUGAAAAAAUGAUCGCCAAAUACGACGAAGAUGUGGUUAAAGAUUUAAUGCCUUUGGUAGUAAAUGUUCUGGAAUGCCUUGAUUUAUCGUACACUGAAAAUCAGGAACAUGAAGUAGAGCUUGAACUUCUUCGUGAGGAUAAUGAGCAGCUGGUUACUCAGUAUGAGAGAGAAAAACAAUUGAGAAAAAACUCUGAACAGAAAUUCCUGGAGGUGGAGGAUGCGACGGAAGACGAAAGAAAGGAGCUAACUGGAAAAAUAGAGAGUUUAGAGUCAAUAGUUCGUAUGUUGGAACUGAAAGCCAAAAAUUCAUCGGAUCAUGUAUAUAGGUUAGAAGAAAAGGAACAAGAUAUGAAGAAAGAGUACGCUCGCCUCCACGAAAGGUAUACAGAACUUUUCAAAACCCACAUGGAUUAUUUGGAACGAACCAAAAUACUCAUGGGCUCGGAUAGGAUGGAAGUUUCUGGAAAGCCGAGGUUUAGCAUGAACAUAUCACAUCUAAACAGUAGGUCCUCGGGUCCCGUGUCGUUUGGGUUCCAAUCUCUGGAGGCGGGCCCAAUUAAGACGGGAUCUGGGAGUCCUGGCACCGAAUAUGCGCCAAUACCCGCCUCUCCGCCCGACAGCCAUCACUCUAUCACUAGUCUACAAAACGAACUGCAACCAUCAGAACAACAGACUGAAGAUGAUGACCCGUCGUUACGUGAGCCGUCCGAAAAAGGAUGGUCGGAAACCCUAGGAACGGUGUCCAAGGAUAACUCUCCCGAUCAGGACAUCUCUGAGGACUCCUCGGCUCCUGUAGGACCACCCCCACCACCAGCGGUCACCACUCCUGUCGGCAAAAGCCAUACCAAGCGGGAGCAAAGAAUCGGUAACACGUUGUAUCAAGAGCUGAGCUUCCAAGACGCAGAAGCUCUUGGUGAAAUGGACGAAGGAGCCGAUAUUACAGCAUGUGCCUUUCCUCUGAUUCCGAUCUCAGAUAGCGAGAGCGAGCCUGAUGCAAGAAAUAAUGUUAACGACAAUUUCUUUGGUAUGGGAAAAGAGGUUGAAAACCUUAUCAUGGAGAACAAUGAGCUUCUCGCAACCAAAAACGCACUCAACAUUGUCAAGGAUGAUCUCAUUAUCAAGGUGGACGAAUUAACUAGUGAACAGGAAAUCAUGAGAGAGGAGCUGAAGAGUUUACUCUUGGUUAAAGGAAGGCUAAAGCAGAAAGUGUCCGAAUUAGAAGAGGAGCUGAAGAAGGUCAAAGAGGAAGCAGAUAAACUUGCCAAAGCUAGUAAAUCCGAUGAUGAGGAGGACGUGCCAAUGGCUCAGAGAAAGCGCUUCACCCGCGUUGAGAUGGCUCGUGUUCUGAUGGAGAGGAAUCAGUACAAGGAGCGCUUCAUGGAGCUUCAGGAAGCGGUCAGGUGGACGGAGAUGAUUCGCGCGCAUCGCAACGAUCCCAACAUCGAUAAGAAGCAGAGUGUUUGGAAGUUUUUCAGUAGUCUGUUCAGAAGCGGCGAGAGAGAGAGCAUGUCUGUGGGUGGGCAUGGACGCAAACCGGUGCCAUAUGGCGGGGGUGGGGGGGCCAACAUGAAGUACAACGCCCCCACCCAUCAUGUCAGCCCUGCGCUGGACACAAUGCGCAAACGGUCCAUGAAUGAACGCAAGCGCGGUCUCGACUAUAUCGACUCUGAAGAUCGGUGUAGCGAGAAAGUGGCGGCGCGACGCGCAACUGAACGCAAGGAGCAGUACCGUCAGGUGCGUGCCCAUGUCAGGAAGGAAGACGGCCGUAUGCACGCAUACGGCUGGAGUCUUCCCGCCAAGAACCCGGCCGCUUCCGCUUCUGCUUCGGCGUCCACUUCCGCUGCCGUGACGUCACCCCGGUCGCUCGCUCCACUGCAGAGCGGUUCAAGCACGGCUCAGGUGCCCGUUCCGGUACCUGUUUACUGUAGACCGCUUACGGAGAAGGAACCUGGCAUGAAGAUUUGGUGUGCGACCGGUGUGAACCUGGCCGGAGGCAGAACCAAAGAUGGCGGCUCGAUUGUGGGGGCCAGUGUGUUCUACUCGAAUCCAUCAGUCAGCAAUUUGGAAAAAAGCGAGAAGGUCGAAGGAGAACCCACCAACCCUGUUCAAGACUUGGAUGACGAGCUGAAGGACAGUGAACGGGAGCGAGAAGAGCGAAAACAACAGCUGUCUUCACUGGUAUGGAUCUGUACAAGCACUCACCAGGUUAGCAGGGUCACCAUAAUAGAUGCUAACAACCCGGCCGACAUAUUGGAGGCGUUCUCAGUUUGCCAGAAUCAUCUGCUCUGUAUUGCCAGUGUGCCAGGAGCGGUGUUGAGCGACUACCUCAGCGAAGAUAACAUAGCAACGAAUACGGAGAGCCCGAUACCGGUCAGUGUGGAAGAGGCGACCAAAGAAGAAGAGAAGAAGGAGGAGAAGAAGGAGGAACAGGGAGGAGAGGAGAGCAGCGAUGACCCGAUCAUCGGACGGAUCACGUUUGUGAGUUGCGCCACCGGAAGUGAGGACACCGCUGGACUUCCGCCCGCCCCGCCACCCACUUCCGGUUCCGCAAAUCCCAUCGAAAAUGAGUUCAACCACGAUGCUAGUCAGCAAUUGCAGUCGGAAGUGGGUGAGUCAUCUUCGUCGCCCGGCCCUCAAAGGAGGCUGCUCAAGGACUUCAAGGAGGGGAUCUUGAAAGAUGGCGUCUCUACUGCGCCUACAGAUAAUGAGCUGGCGUACGAAGAACUGGAGAAGAUGAGCAGUGUGCUGCCUACGGUGUGGCUGGGUUCGCAGAAUGGCUCAGUUUAUGUGCACUCGGCCGUAUCACAGUGGAGGAGGUGUCUACACUCUAUCAAACUCAAGGACUCUGUACUCAGCAUUGUCCACGUGUCAGGUCGCGUGCUAUGUGCACUGGCCAAUGGGACAGUAGCUGUGUUCAGACGAGGGCCCGACGGCCAAUGGGAUUUGAGCAGGUAUCACGUGGUCGACCUGGGUCCACCAAUCAACUCCAUCCGAUGUCUCAUCGCAGUUCACAGCAAGGUGUGGUGCGGAUACAAGAAUAGGAUACAUGUGUUGGAUCCGAAAACGCUAGCUGUCCAGAAAUCAUUCGACGCUCAUCCGAGAAAGGAAAGUCAGGUGAGACAGAUGGCGUGGAUAGGAGAUGGAGUAUGGGUCUCGAUACGACUGGAUUCUACGUUACGACUCUACCAUGCUCACACCUACCAACAUCUACAAGAUGUCGACAUUGAGCCAUAUGUCAGCAAAAUGCUAGGAACUGGGAAACUUGGUUUCUCUUUUGUAAGGAUAACAGCACUGAUGAUUUCACUGAAUAGACUGUGGAUCGGGACAGGGAAUGGAGUCAUCAUUUCUGUUCCAUUAUCCGAUGACCCGAACGGCAUUGUGGGAGCAAAUCGGGUACCGGCUCCAGUGGUUAGGGUGUUCGCUGACUCUGUGACGUCACAGCUUACCCCCUCCACAUUCACUCCCUAUUGCUCAAUGGCGCAGGCUCAGUUGUCAUUCCACGGCCACCGGGACGCUGUCAAGUUCUUUGUCGCCGUUCCAGGCAGUGGGGGUUCUUCAGCUGCCACUAGUCAACCAACAGCAUUGCCAACUUUGGAGAAUGACUCAGACCCAGAUAAACCAAUAUGGAUGCUAGUUCUAUCAGGCGGUGAAGGAUAUAUUGACUUCAGAAUGGGAGCGGGAGAAGACAAUGACGACGAAUUGGGAGAAGACCAUCAAAAUGUGGCCGCCGCUUUGGGUAGAGGGGAAAGGAGCCAUCUCAUAGUGUGGCAAGUAACCAUGCCUGCGCAUGCGCAGAUCUAAAUGACGUCAUCCCCUGCGAAGCGCAGAUAUAGAUUACGUCAUCACUACGCCAGACACCUCCAGAUGACGUCAUUACUACGCCGGACACCUCUAGAUGGCGUCAUCACUACGCCGGACAUUUCUAGAUGACGUCAUCAGUACGCCGGACUCCUCUAGAUGACGUCAUCACUACGUCGGACGGCACCUCUAGAUGACGUGAUCACUACGCCGGGCACCUCUAGAUGACGUCAUCACUACGUCGGACGGCACCUCUAGAUGACGUUAUCACUACGUCGGACGGCACCUCUAGAUGACGUCAUCACUAAAUUAUUUUCCUCAAUUACCUUUUUUUAUAAGCGACGCACAACAUUAAUGUGCUCAUAACCUGAAUUUAUGCUUUUGAACAAAUUUAACUAGGAGAUAUUUAGUAAAGUACUAAGGAAAAUAUGUAUUGUAAAAUAACUGACGAAUUUUUCUUACAUUGAAGUAUAAUGUAUUCGUGAUAAUUGAUAUUGUUAUGAGUUAGUUCAAAAUUACCCAGCACAUGUAUUGCUAGACGUUUAUUGAGAAUAUUUUAUUAUAUAACUCACUUGUACAGGAUGAUUAGUUUGGAUUGUUUGUUCGUUUUACAAAAGUUGACUAGUUUGGUUUUUAACAAUGAUAAUUCUUUAUUGAUUCAUACAAUAAGUACAUCAUUAAAAAUUAUAGGGAGAGAAUAAAUAAGGUAACCUUGUGCUAUUCCUCUCCCAAAUUUAGAUAAGGUUACAUAUACUACGAAGUAAUUGUUUGUACAAGCUGCUUGCAAAUAUUAUCGAUUGUAAAAACGAAUUUAUUGAUUUCGCAAAAUUAUUGCGCUCCAAUACAUCGCGCGAUAACUGUCUUAGGCUAGGCACACACCUGUUAGUCAAGACAAGACAUGAUCAGACACGUUUAGUCACAAUACUUCACAUAGUUGCUUAUGAAGACAUGUUUAAUUGCAAUGACUAAUCAGUGUAUGUUGCGUCAUAAGCAACUAUGUGAAGUAUUGUGUUUGAUCAUGUCUUGUCUUGUCUUGACUAGACAAGUGUGUGCCUAGCCUUACUCAAACAAUAAAGUCGCGUUUUACGCUCUUAAUACAUAAAUAGUUAUUUCAGUUUCUAAAAAAAGAUUCAGUUA